CCGCCUCUUUCGACUUCGCCCACCUCCUUCCCUUGUUUCUUGGGGGCCUCUUACCCUCGUUUUCCCGUCGACUUUUAAUCUGACUGUUCCGUUCUCUCCCUUGCUCUCUUCCUCCCUCUCCUCUCUCUCCCUCCCCUCCUCCUCCCUCUCUCCUCUUCUCUCCCCCCUCCCCUUCCUGUCUCUAUUUAUCCCCUCCGUGGAUCAUCGGUCAUCCAUAUCGACCUGAUGAGCUCACGGUUGAACUUCAAAUCGUUCAGCUUCGGGACGAAGCGCAACAAGCACCAUUCACCUGUCCAGCACAACCACCCAUCAGUCAACGCUCCAUCCAGCAGUACCCUCAUCGCCCCUCCGUCGUCCACCACCUCUCCCAGCUCUCCGCCCUCCGGUCAUAGUUCCUCCACCACCAGUCUCCCCAUGAAUAACCAGAACAACUUGGGUCGCCCCCCAAGCUACACUUACAACACCGCCGGGCGGCCCACCAGCCCUCUGCCCCCGGGCCAGCCGAUGGCUCACCACCCCCCGCCCUUAAAUACCAACCUGCCUUAUCCUCAAUCUUCCGUGGCUCCCAUGGGCGCUCCUCCAGGUUACGGCUUGCAGCAGCCUCUUGCGCCCGGUAUGGGCACUGGUCUUCACCAACCCCAGUAUGGCAUGCGGAACCCCGCCGUAGAAGUCGAGGGCGCCGGCCGGAGCAAGGCCCAGUUGAUCGUGGGCAUUGACUUUGGCACGACAUUCUCGGGGGUCGCUUUUGCGUUCGCAACCAACAACGAGGCAAGAGAGGAUAUCAUCACAGAGUGGCCCGGCGCAGGAACUCACACCAAACAAAAGAUUCCCACCGUGCUGUACUACGAUCAAUAUCAGAAAGUGGUGGGCUGGGGCCCAGACAUCGCCGACGCUUUGGCCCCCACAGGGUAUCCAAAGCAAGGGGUGCAGAAGGUCGAGUGGUUCAAGCUUCAACUAAUGUUGUCCGGCAAUACCUACAUUGAUCCCAUCAAUCUGCCGCCUUUGCCUCCGGGCAAGUCGGAGAUCGAUGUCGCGGCCGACUACCUUUUCAAGUUGCGGCAGGCGAUGCGGGCCCAACUACAGAAGACCCUGGGUGAAGUGUUUACUCGUGAAGAGCGGAACAUUCGGUACUACAUCACCGUCCCGGCGAUCUGGAACGACGCCGGGAAAGCGGCAACCCGAGCGGCGGCCCUUCAGGCCGGGUUCCUGCGGGACGAGAACGACAAUCGCCUUACCCUGGUAUCUGAACCGGAGGCGGCUGCUCUCUUCUGUGCAAAGACCGGCCUGCUGAACCUUAAAAUCGGUGAUGCAAUCCUGAUUGUCGACUGUGGAGGAGGUACCGUGGAUCUAAUUGCGUAUGAGGUUGAGGAAGAGCAACCCUUCAGUGUCGCAGAAUGCACCGCUGGUUCAGGUGACUCAUGCGGCUCGACCGCUCUCAACCGGAACUUCAGCAAUAUCCUCCGUGCGAAGAUUCGUAAGAUGAAGUUGCCUGAUGGUUCCAGAACCGCGGGCAAGGUGUAUGCAAAGUGCAUAAUGGAUUUCGAAAACCGUAUCAAGGCCGAUUUCCGCAACAAUGGCCAGAAAUGGGCCGUGGAUGUCGGCAUCGAAGCCGACUUCCCCGACGCAGGCAUUGAGGAAGGGUACAUGACGUUCACCAACGAGGAAAUUCUGCAAUGUUUCGAGCCAGUCGUCAAUCGAAUUCUUGAACUGGUGCGCAACCAAAUCAUCGCCAUCCAAGCACAGAACCGCUCGCUCCAGAACGUCCUUGUUGUGGGUGGCUUCGGUGCCUCGGAGUAUCUUUUCCAACAGAUCAAGCUUCACGUCCCUCCCCAAUACCAGUCCAAGGUGGUUAGACCGAUGGACUCGGUUGCUGCAAUCGUCAAAGGCGCAGUGACUGCUGGAAUCACGGAGCGGGUAAUCACACACCGUGUGGCUCGACGCCAUUACUUGAUGGCCACUCUGCAACCUUUCAAAGAAGGAUACCACCCAGAGCAAUACCGAGUCCCUAGUCUGGAUGGCCGUGAUCGAUGCAAGUACACAAGACAGAUUUUUAUGCAAAAAGGCGAGCGAGUGAAGAUCGGCGAACCAGUCAAGGUUAGCUUUUUCCGACAGGUUGCACCGGGAGCCACCCUCAUGUAUGAGGACAUCCUGUACGCAUGUGACGAGGAUGUGUGUCCGGAGUACACCAAGGAUCCACGCAUCAAGGAAGUUGUCACUCUGACGUCGGACCUGUCUCGCAAGAACCUGGAGACAGACUUUGAACGCAUGGACACCCCGCAAGGUACUUUUUACCGCGUGUACUUUGACAUUUACCUCACGCUUGACGGCAGCGAAUUCAGCGCGGAACUAGUCUGUCAAGGCGAGGUGAUGGGCCGAUGCAGAGCCAAGUUCAGGUAGGCGCGCCUUGUCGGGCACGGGAGUCAGGCAGGAAGGCAGAAAAAAGCGCCCCUCCACGAGAGCUCCGAAAAAGAAACGGAAAGAAAAUAAAAAAAACAAAACGUUUGAAGGCGGAAGUCCGACUUUUGUGAUACACCAAUGAUGAUCAGCACAGCACUGGGAGGGCGUUUAAUAUUCUUUGAGCUUGCGUCCCUGCGGACGAUUUUGGACAUUUCCACCAUUUUGUUGCGGGCCCCCACUACAUAUGGGGGUUUAUUUGUUGUGCUUGCUUUUUAUUCCCCUGGAUACCUUUCGAUGAGCUUUGACGAAUCCUAUUUAAUCCCAUGAUAGUCC